AUGGGGCUUGUGAGCCAAGAACCAGUUCUAAUCAAUGAUACAAUCCGAGCCAACAUCAUGUACAGGAAGGAAGGAGAUCCAACUGAAGGUGAACUAGUAACUGCAGCAAAAUUAGCAAAUGCCCACAAGUUCAUUUGUGGCUUACAGCAGGGGUACGAUACCCUAGUAGGGGAGCGGGGUGUUCAACCUUCGGGUGGUCGGAAACAUAGAGUCGCCAUUGCACGAGCCAUUGUGAAAAAUCCCAAAAUAUUAUUACUGGAUGAAGCUACUAGUGCGCUUGAUGCAGAAUCUGAAAGGAUUGUCCAAAUGGGGAGAGCAAAGCUUGACGAUCGAAGUGUCAAGUAUGUGUUUGUUAGCUAUAAUACGAGUUCAAAAGGCUACAAGCUAUACAACCCAAGUAGUGGCAAGAUGGUGGUAAGUCGCGAUGUUGAAUUUGAUGAAGAAUUGGCAUGGAACUGGGAAGCUCAGGAAGAAAUUUCAUAUGAUUUUGUUCUAUACUUUGGCGAUGAAGAAGAACCAGAGACCAUGGAACUUGUGCAGGAUACAACUCCACCUCCUUCUCCAACCAAUGUUGCAUCUCCCUCUUCUCAAGAAAUUUCAAAUGAACAACCGCAAAGGAUAAGGAGUAUUCAAGAGCUAUAUGAGGACACAGAAGAAGUUACUAAUUUUGAUUUUUUAUAUUGUCUCUUUGAUGAUAGUGAACCAAUAAACUUUGAUGAAGCUGUUGAAGACAAAUGGAGAAGACAAGCCAUGCAGGAGGAGAUCGAAUCAAUAGAGAAGAACAACACUUAA